UAUCAUUACUGUCAAUAUUACACAUAAUGAUCUAUGUAGCUGGAUUAAAAUAAUGCCAAGUUGUCUUGAGUUUGACCUUGUCUACAUAUUUAACUACCAAUUCUUAUUUGUACAUUAAAACCUUGGGAAAUUCCACUUGUCCUAAGGAAAAAAUUGAAACACCAGCAGUGGCAUAGCCGGCCGAGAUAUGUAUCAACGGAAUCCACAAAAACCUUCAACAACAUAGGGAAACAUUUUACUUAGUAUUCAGCCCUCAAACUCAUCAACUCUUCUAUUUCACACACAAACACACACACACACACACACACACAUUCAUCCUUUCGCAUAUAUAUUCCUCCUCUCUUGAAUUUCCUCUAAAUAGUGUUCACUUUGAAGGAUACUUUGGGAGGUCGAAAAUGAAGAAGAGCAAGUUUGUCCUUUGUUUUCGACCUCCUCUCGUGAUCGAAACUAAAGAGAACAUUGAUGAUCACAGCAGUGCAUCUUCAGAUUGUAAAGAUAUCAUUGUUGCUAAGAAGGUAGAGAAGAACAAUGGAAAACUACCACCAACUUUGAUGAUGAGUCCUCCUCCUCCUCCGCCUCUUUUGAAGAAUAACGGCGCCGUUCGAAUCCCAUCUUCCGGUCGAACCCGAACCCGAAAAGGUUCAAGAAAAACCCUUUCCAAGGUUCUCAAAACCAUGUUACUCGAUCCCCCAGCUAGAAUCAAAGGUGAAACUAUUCGAGAAAUUAUGACGUCCCAAGAAAGGACUAAUGAUUUGGAACAAAAGAAAACUAGUUUGGAGAAGAUUGAAGAUCAUAAGAGGAAGAAUAGUGGCUGCGACAUCACUAUUGAAGAAGACAACUCUACUAAAAAAAUCCCAAGUAACUUUUCAUCUUCUUCAUCAUCAUCAUCAUGUUCAUGUCAAAAGGAAAAGAAAAAGGCGAAGAUCACAAAAACAAAAGAUGAAAAACCAAAGGGUUGUUCUUUAUUUUCUAAAUUAUCAAGUAGUGAUUAUUGUUUAGAUGAAGAUAUGGUUUUAUUAUAUUGGGUAGUUUUGGCCUCAUUAGCCACUAUAUUUUUGGGAAAAAUAUUUGCCAUUUUAUUGGCUACCUUGUGGUUCUAUGUCAUGCCUUGCCGGAGUGCUACAACUGGUUGCCUUUCUCCUAUCCAGCCGGAAAAUAUCCUGUUGAAUCCGUCGCCGGAGAUUUUUGAGACCCCUAGUACUACUACUAGAGAGUUCAUUAAAAAGAAAGUCAUAAUGGACGGGUUGCUUCAGAGGCCGCAGAAAGCAUUAAAUCUGUUGACAGUUUGAUAGACAUGAGGAAAAAAAAGAAUGAAUUUUUGACGUGUUAUAAAGCCUUCGUUCUCUGCAUGUAAUUUAAGGCAGAGUGGUUUGUAGUAGACUUGUAGUUGAGAGUGUAGUAAAAUCUCUCAAAUCUGUGUGGAGUAAUUCCUGUCUUUUCACUGACAAUUUCAGUAAAUGAGAUCUCGUGUAUUUACUAUUAAUAGUACUAUCUUAAUACAUUGAAUGCCAAAUUCUGUCCAUUCUUUUUUAUUUUGUCAAA